GGAGACACUGCGGCAAGUGUGGGACCCAGUGGAUGUGAGGGUCCCAGGGGAUUUUCAGGGGGCGGUGUCCAGGUUUGGCACAAAGAGGCUGGGGCAGGGAAAGGGAGGAAACAGCCCAUGGGGAUGGUAAGAAGCGUAGGAAGAAGCCAGCCAAGGACAGGGAUGGGGAAGAGCCCACCUCCUCAAACAAGUUCUGGAGCAGGCGUAAUCAUGGAGUAACGUUAAGCACAGCCCACAGCUGUGGGGUGAACAUUGUUUUUUCUUUUCUCGAGUGACGUGGGCUGGAGAAGGACCUCUCCGGGGUGGGAGGCUACUGCGCAAGCGCAAACGUGGCUCGAAGGGGCACUGAUGCGCGUGCGCCGCUGCUUCCCGCCCAGCCGCCAGAGCUAGUGUGCAUGGGUCACGUGGCAGUCACAUAGUCAUCCCUGUGGGAGCCCAACGACCCCUAGGUGACCCCUGCCCAGGAGCUGAUUGAGUCCGGAGCUCACAGAUGCCCUCCCUGCGCUCUCCAUUCCCCGUGGAGCGGGCCUCUGUUAGGGAUCCAGAAGCCCAGGUGGGACAGCUGCAUCGCCUGGCUGUGGCUGGGGGCCCCUGCCGGGGCCUCACCCGGCUCCUGCGCAGAGUUGUCCAGGUGGAUGGUGAGAACUCUGCUGGGCAGACGGGGCUCUUCCUUUCGGCGCUGCUGGGCCACAGCUCUGCCGUGCAGCUCCUGCUCACCUUUGGCGCCAACCCCAACCACCGCUGCCUCGACGGCAGCACGCCUGUGCACGCAGGCGCCUUCUCCGGCCGCAGCCCGGUGAUGCUGCACCUGCUGCAGGCGGGGGGUGACCUGCGUCUACGUGACCAGCGGGGUCGCACGCCUCGGGACUGGGCAGAGCAGAGUGAUGCCAGGCAGAGACGGGAGGUGCUGGAGCUGCUGGAGCUGUGCCGAGCCCGCAUGGCAGCGCUGGUCCUGGGUGGUGAGUGGGCAGCCAGUGCGUCCCUGGGCCGGCCACAGGCCAGCUCCGCACACCGCCUGUGUGGCUCCCUGUCGUUGCUGCGGCGGCUGCGUGCAGGCAGGGCACCGAGGCAGGAGCAGAUCAGAAGACCCCCCCAAAUCCCAGCCUUGGGGUUUGGCCAGCUGAGCAGCCUGUGGCCACUGGGGCUGGUAACAGGCAUACCCCUCGCGGAUCCCAAGGAGCUGCUGCCAGCCCAGGGCGAGCCCGACCGCACCUACGAGAGCAGCUCCCACACCCUCAUGGCCAACCUCCUGUGGAGGGGCCACCCUGUGACAGCUCGGCAGCUGAAGGUACCUGGAACUCAGCCUGAUGUGCUGUUGGCCGACCUUCAGCACUGCAGCACCCUGCACCACCCCAACGUGUUGCUGCUGAUGGCGCUGAGCCCCUCGGCGGACCUGUCAGGGCUGUGCCUUCUCUUCGAACCUGUGUGGCUGGGCUCCCUGCAUAUGGUGCUUCACCCGCAGGGACUGAGUCACGGAGGGCCCCGCACUGUGCCGGGCCUGCCGCCCGGCCACCUGCUGCUGCAGGUGCUGGAGGCCCUGCUGUUCCUGCAGGCCCGCUGGCGCGCUCACGGCGGCCUGAGUUCUCACGCUGUGCAGCUGGUACGGCCAGGCCUGGCCAAGGUGGGCAGUCUGGAGCAUGGGCGCCCACUGCGCCAACACCAGCUGCGGCCCGGGCCACAGCAGGGCUCCCCCUGGGGAGGCCCAGGCCCGGGGCUGCCCCCACCUCCUGAACUGUACCCGUGGCUGCCACUUGAGCUCAUCUGUGGGGACGGGCCUGCGGCCACCUCAGAUCUCUACAGCUUCUGCAUUCUGGCCCAGGAGGUCUUCACUGGAGAGCUGCCCUGGGCUGGGCGAAAGGGGCCUGAGGUGAAAGCUAAGCUGGAGGCAGGUGAGAGCCCAGCCCUGGAUCCCCUGGUACCGACUCCCUAUCAGGCCCUGGUUCAGGCCGGGCUGGGCCUAGGGCCUGCUGACCGCCGGGGCAGCCUGCAGAGUACUCGCUACCUGCUGCGGGAGGCCAUGGCCCAGGACUCGGCUCCUGCGGUGAGCUCCCGGAAGCAUUGGACCACACUGCACCCUUCUGCCCAGGGUUCCCCACCCGAGACACUGUACUGUGAGGUGGCUCCCAGAGCCAAGACUACAUGCAGGCCUGUGCCCCCCGUGAUGCCCCCAGGACCCUCCCCAUGCCAGGCCCUGGAGACUCCUGAGAUCACAGGCCACAGCAGAGUCCAGAGGACCACAGCCUGGGACUCAGGCAGCAGCUUGACACUAGGCAGUCUGAGUCCCAGCCCCGGCCCCUCCCCAGGCUCCAGCCCCGCAGCCAGGGUCAGCCUGCGCCGCUGCCUGGAGCCCGGCUCAACAGUGCCCCGUCCUGAGCUGAUCAAAGGAGGGCUCUUCUCCAGCCUGCAGAAGACGGACCUGCUGGAGGAAGUCCUAGCAGAGCUGCAAGGUGGACGCCGACUCAGAGGCGAUCCCAGCCUCGACCCCACGCCUGACACAGACUCUUAGGGUGCCCGUGACUGCCUCCCUGCAGCUGUCACCGCCCAGAGCCUCUCAGGAAUGACUCCCCACUCAGCACGUGCUGAAAUGAUAAAGUGAUAAAGCAGCC